GAUUCUACGGCGGCCGCUAAACCUCCUAAUUUUAUUUAGGCGUCGCUAAACCACUUUGCUAUUCUAUGAGCAGCUGUCAUAAUCAAAUGACAACACCAAUUUGAAUCUGACGUUUCUUAAUUUAGGCGGUCUAUUCAAUUUAGGUUUAGCUGCUUAAAUGCUAUUCAGUACAUGUCUUUUUUAAACAAAAACAUAGAAACGUCAAGCUAAACUGACUAAUUUUAGCGGCGAAUAAAAUAGUCCCGUUUAAAAUACGAUAACACAAAAAAGUCAAGUUUUGCAGAAUUUCUUGUUCGAAAUGGAUGAAGAAUACGUCAUAGCUGCUGUGGUGGCCGAAGAGAGGGAGUAUGGCGAGGGCGAGGGUGAAAAAAUGUAUUUGAAGAGGUUGCGAGACGGGUCUAACCCAUUUGACCGGUCCGAGCGGAAGUUCCGUAAAUUGUUUAGGCUGUCGCGGGCCAUGGGCCGUCACGUAGUGGACACUCUGUGUGAAGGCGAUGCGCUACGAGCGGGGACGGUGCCACCACAUUUAAAGGUCCUAAGUGCACUGAACUUUUUUGCCCAUGGCAGCUACCAGACUGCUGUGGGAGAAAUUAAUAUACUAGCUCAAAGUCAGCCAACAAUAAGCCGCAGUCUGGCAGAUGUGUGUCCUGUUAUUAUAGAAAGGUUGACCCCACAGUGGAUCAAAUUCCCAGUGACCAGACUGGAGAAAGACAGGGCAAUGCGGGAGUUCCAGGACAAUUUUGGAAUGCCAUAUACAUUGGGUGCGGUAGAUGGGAGUCACAUCCCUAUACACAAACCCCCAAAUAACCACCCUAUAGCCCCGGGUAAUAUUUUCUACAACAGAAAAGGGUUUUAUAGUAUAAAUUGUCAAGUGGUGUGCGAUGCCACAGGUCGGAUCACUAGCGUAAACCCUAACUUUCCGGGUUCAACCCAUGAUGCUGCUGUUUGGAGGAGCAGCAAUGUGCACCAGCACCUCGAAGGGCAGUAUCUUCAGAACCAAGCGAUGGAGUGGCUUCUUGGGGACAAAGGCUACCCACUUCUCCCGUGGCUGAUGACACCUCAUCCUGACCCAGUUGCCGAGUCACCAGAGGCAAGAUUUAAUAGGUGCCAUGCACAGGCGAGAGGGGUCAUAGAGAUGUGCUUUGGAGUAUUAAAAAACAAAUUUAGAUGCCUUCAUCGCCACCGAACGCUGCAUUACAGUCCAGAAAAAGCUGCCAAAAUUAUAAUAUCAUGCUGCACAAUUUAUAAUAUGAUUAAUGAAUUAGAAAUUAAUCAUGAUUCAGACAGCAGUGACGAUUCUGAGAGUGACGAAGACAUCACAGAUCUAAGUGAAGUAGAGGAGGAUGAUGAAGAACAGAAUGAUCCUGAAGAUCUCCCACAACAACCAGAGAAUGAUGUCAAUUUUUUUAAUGAAGCCCGUGGACGACGUGCAUUUUUAAUUAAUAGAUUUUUUAAUUGAUUAAAACAUCAACUGUUUUUUUUAUUUGAUUUGUCGGCCUGUUUAGCCUAGUUGGUAGUGACGCUGCCUAUGAAGCUGGAGGAGAGAAAACAUUUGUUCCUGAGACUUGGAUGUUUUCUAUGUAUACAUGUCUA